CACAGUACAAGUUGCAAAAGAAAUAAUAACGCACACUUUUUGGUCAAAAUUUGUAUGAAAAAUCGCCGGAAAUUUUAUUCAAAUUUUUUCAGCGGACACCAACUCGAUUCUGCAUAGCAACUGGUCUUAUGUCAUGUACCAGGAAAAGAUACACUAAAUACUAAAAUACUGCCUAAAUCAUUACAUUUUUUUACAAAAGGAAAUGGGAAUUUCAUUUAUUUUAGGCAAAAAAAUGUUAAGAUUUUGCAAGCUAAAUGAUUGUGGUUUAUGCAAUAGUGUCUUUUCCAAAUGGAAAUGAUUAAAAUGGCGUUCUAUUUGUGUUAUCCAAUUGCUGAAUUACGUAUCGUGAAACCGCAAAUUUAACCAUAAACUAGGCACUUCCUUGAGAUAAUUUCCUCUAGACUAAAUCAACCGUAACCUGCGAUCCCAAAUGCAAGAGUAUGGUGGGUCAAACAAAACUGACCACCGAGAGGGUGAGCGCGGACAUCAAGAUUUUCAUCACUCCGUGAUGCAGAAAGGCAACUAUGGGUGCUCCAACAAAGAAAUAUCUGAUUCUAACAUGGCAACGUACUGCCGAGUGGCGACCGGCAUCUACGAAGCAACGGCGGCUGACCAGCAGUACCAACAGAGAUACAACAACCCGUCGGCUCCAACUUUUAGUUCGCCUCCCAACUCCCCACUGGUGGGCUUAGUCUUUGAUCCAUCUUCGCCCAACUACAAGAUGGACCGUAAUUCUCACACAGAUAGACGCUCACACAGCACUUGGUCUCUGUCGUACCAAGAACCCAUAGGAACAGGCGCUAAGAAGAAAAUUGUCAAGAGCCAGGAUAAGAGACAAGUCUACAGCGCCGAUCCCCGUUAUCAUGAGAGGUAUAAAGACAGUAGUACCGAGACGGACCGACAAAAGAACAAAGAUAGAAACCUUACAUCGGAAUCGACCUCGAGCCUCGAUUUCUUCGUCGAAGGCGAACGUAUGGUGUCAGAACUAUGCAACAUGCCUGACUCUAACGCAAGAGCUGAUACCAAUAAUCAAAAAUCAUUUCAAGACGAGGACAAGAACAAACCUUCCGGAUCAUCCGACGUCCUUCUUACCGCUCUAGACAAAAUCAUAAUUCACGAUCAGAUCCCAAACCAGAUUGUGCAACUUGCUAUUGAAGCUUGCACUGACGCUGAAAAUAUAGCCAUUGCACAUCAUAACAGACCUUGCUUCAAAAAUAUACAUUCGAUUUGUGCAAAAACUAGAUCCAAUGUACAAAAACCGGAUAGUGCCGUAGCCAACUUACACUCACAGGGCAUACCGUGGGUCAUCAAAAACUUUAUAUUCUCUUUCGUCAGAAUUCUAGACGGCUGGAAAGGUGUUAAAGAACUUCUAAGUGAGAAACAUGAUACAUUUUCUAGAAUUGAAAACAAAUAUUACAGCCCUAAUAUACGUGAAUGUUUCGUACAAUGGCAGGCGGUUACCAAAGAGAUGUUGACGCAUAUUUAUAAGACCUAUAAGUGUCUAGAUCACGGUUUUACUAUGGAGCAAAAGAGUUUUACUCACAAUUACUACGCUACAAACUCUGCGGCCCCGCGCCAUCAGAACCAGAGCAAGUUUCAGACGGUGAAACCACACGUUAGUACCUCAAGACCCGUCAACGCCUCUCCUCAACCGUUCAACGCAGUCCAACCGCCGUGGGUGCAGAACCAAAAUCAUUCAACCUCUCAGACUUUUAACGAAGGUCCGUGGCCGGUCAGAGCUGGAGUUGCCUUCAAGAAAUUCCCUGUGGUGCCACCUCCGAACUCUCAUAAUUUUUAUCCUCUGAAUGAACAGGGUGAUAUGGAUGCAUAUCUAAAAGGCCCGUACAAGUGCGACCCUUGCAGCUUUCGGGAAGCAAAACCUCGCCAAUCUUGGACUAUUACCAACAUGCCUGACUUCCGAGCCUUAGAAAACAUGUGCCAUGCCGAGCAGAGAGAAUUAUACAACCAAAUGAAACACAAAAUGGAUGCAGAGCUCGGUAAAGCUCCCGGUCAGCCAGUCAUGAGCGGCAUGUUGUUCGAUCAGAUGCAACGUCGAGACAUGGAACUAAAAGCGAAAAUGAUACCUUUAAGUCAUGUCGAGAAAACCUUAAUACCAAACAUAGCGCCCUCUGUCGAGAUGCGAGGUCGGUACGUUCAGAAAAACAACAGCUGCGGUGACACAAAGGAAGAGGCUGAUUUUUUUGCGGCGUGGGGUCAGAUGGUCCAAAAAGAACCUAGCGAUUUUAUAACUCAUCACUCGCACAACGUUCAAGUCCCGUCGAACGUUGUGACGAUUCCAAAUAAUAUCUCUGGCCCCGUGCAAUUCAUUGAUCCUGAAAAUGAUGAGUAUCACGAAAUGUCGAAAGUUUAUAUGAAACCCGGAAGUUACAAAGUGCCUAUAAAGCCAGCGGAUCCUACGUCACCUUUUAUGCAAGGAUCGAGUCAAGAAGCAUCGUUUGACAACCCUUUAGUGGAGGAGAUGGCUUUAAAGAUGAAGGUACCCUUUCCACCUGUUACGUUGGCACCACAGCCAAAGUACAACCUCGAAGCUUGGCCGUGCUUGAUGCCGAGGCGUGGUGAUGAUAUUUUAACAGACGAGCACAAGCUAAUGUCGAGACCCGCGAUGUCUGGCCUGGAUAUUAGAAACGCCGAACCCUUGGAAAUCCUAACUAUGAUGACGUCUGAUCGCGCCUGGGAAGCAGCUAAACAAUCAGCUCCCAAGCUUGUAGACUUCAUCCAUGAAGGAUCCAAGUCGGAUACUGCGAGGUUGUACGAUGCUUUAGGGUUGAGUGCUAACGACGAUCUCUCCAAUGAUUUAAAACAAGUUAAAUUCACAAUAGAAAACAGUGACUCCUGGGCCGCUAGGAUGGGACCUCACAAAUUCAUUUCGCAGGACGCGCAUAGUUUGUGGGAGAGCUCUUCAGCAAACCAAGACCAAUCAGUUCUGAGUAAUGAUUCUAGCAAGUGUCUUGAUUCGGAGCCGAAAUCUCUUGAAUCCGACGAGGUUUCUAUUCCAGAGAAGAAACAAGAGUCGAAAGAAACUCGUUUAAAUUAUGAUCAAACUGGAAACUAUGUUAGAGGAGAGAAUCAAAAGAAACCAUCGAAACCCAAGGUGGCUGCUUCCGGGAUGUGGUACCACCCCAAAAAGAAGAAGCCAUUGCCCGCUGCUACUGUCAAAAAGUUUGAGGCGUUGCUUGGGAACCUGGCUCAACUGAACGAGGCAACUUUCAUCCAGCAUGACAUGGACAUAAAAGUGGCCCCCAGAUUCUAUGAGGUAGUGAAGUAUCCGAUGUGCCUGCACGAUAUCUCUACGAAGCUCAAGAAUUCUUCAUACACGGAGCAUGAGCAAGUGGUUCAGGACUUCAGGCGUAUUUUCAACAACGUUCGUCUCUACCUAAAGUCUUACCCAGAUGCCGCUAUGAAAAAGAAUCUGAACAAGACAGCAGCAGAAUUUGAAAAAUUGCUUAACGAAGAGUUUCAGAACAAAUGGGACAGUAAAUCCAAGUCUCAGGAAAACACAGAAGUAGACGGUAGUAAAAAGGAAGACAAAGAAGACGCUAAAAGUGCAGAUAAUAAAACGGACUCAAAUAAGAAAUCAGACUCGAAAACUAGCGAUGACAAGAAGUAAGCUUUAAAAGUCAUUCGUCUUGUUUAUAGUUGGUGUCAUCCACGAUGAUGCGCAAGUUUGUCAAAAUUAAAUCUAAUCUUUAAUUUAAUGACAAUAUGAGUCAAGGCCCCCGUCGUGAACGACACGAUCUGUAACUUUGAUUUCGCGUAGCAGAAUUUCAUAUUUUAUUACAAGCAAAUUUUUGUAUGAAUCGUUUGUUUUAACUAUUUAUUUAUUUUUAUUUACAUGCCCCGUACCUACUCCAUAUAUGUGGAUGAUUAGCUUGAACAUAAGAUGCAUCUAGUCAUUAUAAAUAGAGAUUUGUUUAUUGUAAAUGUCAGUGAAGUAAUCUGAGCUUAUGGUAAGAAUAUCAUUGUAAUGUGUAAGUUUUUCGAACGGACUUUAUUCCCUUCGGGGCAAAACUAGAACUGUUGUUUUCUCUUCUCUUACUUUGUAUUUUAGUUUUCUACUUGCCUAUGUUAUUAGUUUCUCCAUUGUUUGUUAUAAUUAUUCCAAUACUGUUGAAUUAUCUACUUUCUGAUCAGCAAAUUCGUGUUGUAAAGAAAUUUGCGGGAAAUUUUUCAUUUCUGAAUAGGUUAAUCGUCAGUAAUUAGCAAAUUUCCUCUUUUAAAGUUCCUUGUAAAGUUUAUGACCUAAUUGUUAAUUUUGUAAAAUAUUAUUUUGACAUACACCAUGUGAUUUACGUUAUAUUUGUUGAAGAAAUCUAGUAAUAACUAUCCCUAAACUUCCAACCCAACCACGACAGCAUAUUGAGGAUGUAUUGGUCUUUUUUUCGUGUCCGUCACUCUUUGAAGUCACUAAAGAGGGACGAACGUAAAGUCAGCUCUAACCAGAUUAUCUCGCAAGAUUGUGUUUAUGUCUGACAUAUAGCAUUCCCUUACUAGCAAGUAAGUAAGUAUGUAAGUGCGAGCAGAACAAAUGCCUUACGUCAGACAUAAUCAUAAUCAUGAACGUGGGGUUCUAAACUAUAGAUAUUAGUAAUUUUUAUACCACUCUAUCUGUGAUGUAUAUUUAGGUAAAAGUUGAUGAUGAAUUUGAAUCGUUUUCACGAUUGUUUCCUAGUUGUACGAAUUCCUUGCGUGUAUAUAGAGUAGAUAGCCUUAAAAUUUCACAGGAAAGCUUUAAAAAGUGAGCACAUUUACGUUAAAAUAAAAAUAUAACAGUACCUACUAAUUACCUAGCUAUUAUUAACAAAAACCUAGAACUAGAUAACUCCUUAAUUUUAAAGUCUGUCCAGUCAUAGACGUCACUAAAACAUUUCUGCGGUAUAUUUUUACCCAAAUUUUGAAUUACGCGCGUUUCAUUGACGGCUAUGGUUAUUCAGACAAUUCUUUCUACCAGUACUUAUUCAUAUUUUUUGUCUGUGCAAUUCUGAAUGUUACAUUUUCACAAGCUUGUCGCGAGAGUAAUUUAAACAACUUACAUACUUAAUGUUUAGAUAAGAUCUUGAAGGCGAAAACGCUUUUAAAUUAUUACUAGCUAGUUAAAUAUAAUUGCUGACAAAGUUUGCUGUAAACAGCGUACACUAGUACCAUUUUUUCAUUGUUAAAGUAUUUUAUUAACAAUUUUAGAUUCCAUUUUACCUGCCAUAGACUAAGUAUAGUGACGUCACGAUUGACGAUUUUUGGCGCGAAUUGGCUUCAACUUUGGCUGCGUUCAUAAAUUCCAAAUUUUAAAUUGGACUAUGGGUGACGAUCGAGUUAAUUUUAAGUAUUCAUUAAGUUGUGAUUUUAUUUAUUAUUUAACUUAUGUACCUAAAAUUAUGGCAAGGAACACCUAUGGUAAUAAACAAGUAAUUUUGGUUA